UCUAGAAAACAGCUGUUAGUUUCUGGAUCGCAUCAACAAAUUGUUUUGCCUAGUUUUAUUCAAUUAAAACCGACAAGUUAAAGGCUUUAAAUAUUAAAAUUAACUAAUUACUAGCCGAAACAAUCAACUAGUGACAAUGCCUACCUACGAACUGGCACUCGUGCUGCGUCAAUUGCCCCGCCCGGAGCUGAUAUCCGUGAUCCGGCGCACCGCAGAGGCCAUUCUGGACAAGGGCGGCAUCAUUCGGAAGCUGGAGAAUCUCGGAACGCGUGCCCUGCCCCACAAAGUCAGCGAACACGGCGUGGUUCACCGCGAAGGCACCCACUUCACCAUCGCCUUCGACACGGCGCCCACGCAGAUCGCCGACUUGAAAGAAGAGUUUGGCCGCGACAUAGACAUCAUCCGCCGGUACGUGUUCAAGGUGCAGGAGCCCGAAGAGCACAAGUGCACACUGCACGAGGAAAUGUUGCCGCCCGCCUACCGCAAGGACGUGAAGGAGAUAGUGGAGGCCGCGAAGAGAACGCAGAAGAAGAAGUACAACUACAACUCUGGACUGGAUUACUAUCCCUUCCAGAAGUAGAUUCAAUAAAGCUGUUAAUUUGUAU